AAUAGCCGCAGUGAUUGUUCCCGCCUUAAAUAUUUACCAUCGUGUUUGUGAAAUCACAUUAAACAUUUCUCAUGGGAUUUUAAUAUAUAAUGAUGUUAUACAAACACGUUAAAUUAUUACGCAAUCCGCAGACUAAACUGAAUAUUUACAUUAAUUAUCAAAGUUAGUGUAACCGCGAAAAAUCGCGUUAAACUUAUUAUGUACCGAGGUUUUUAUCGUGUACGUUAAUAGUGAUAAAUGAUAAGCGAAGUAUUGCAGAUAAACCAAAGGACAGUCAAUAACGCGAGUGGGCUCUAGCAACCCGUUAGCACAGUUUCUGUGCCGUGCCGUGUGUUCGUACAAGUGAUCCUUUUAGACGUUUGAAUAGAUAUCAUGUUGGAAAAGCAAAUGAGUGAUGCGCUUGCGUUGAUGCAAGUAGCGAUGGACCUAUUUUUGUAGCACGGAAAUAAGAGCGGCAACAGAAGCAAAAAGAUUCAGCUGCCUAAAAACUUGAGGACGCCGUGUCUUGUGUAUUUUGGUUAAAUGUGAGCUGAUGUGUGUUGUAUCAAUUUGUGCGUGGCAGUAAGGUCAUCCGUUAAAAUAUGAAGAAGAGCGCUAUACUGAAGCUGAAAUCAAUAUUUGGUUCAAAAAGAGGCAAACGGCACCAAGAACAGCAGAAUUCACAAAAGUCCUCGCGGUCUGGUUCGCCAGAACCUACAGAUGGCCUGUCACCGAGUAGUAGCGAGUCUUUCAGGCCUGUGGCAAGAACGCCUCCGCCCAGCCGCGUGGGGCCUCCGCCGUCCCCGCCCGUGCCGACCAAACCUGUGGCCCCCGUAGCCCCAGAGCCUUCCGGCCCACUACCCCUUGCGCCAUGCCCCGUCUGCGGAAGGACGUUCGUGCCGCAAUCUCUAGCGAAACACGUAAAGAUAUGCGAAAAAAUGACCAUCAAGAAGAGGAAAACAUUCGACUCUUCGAGACAGAGGCGCGAAGGGCAGAUCCUAGCGAACAGUGAUUCUGGCACGGACUUAGAACAAUACUUGCCAAAGAAUUUCGGUCUUCCAGAAAACAGCCCAUUCCUUGAGAAGAGUCCGCCGAAUACUGCCAAAGCUACGCCUAAGCCAAAAGUACAGUCAGUUCGCAGUGCUAUCAUGAAGCCGACAGCGGAUCUCCAAAAGUGUCCGCACUGUAGCCGCGCGUUCGGCGUGCGCGCGUUCGAACGCCACGUGGAGUGGUGCGCGGACAAAGCGAAGAUAUUACCGGCCGCGCCCGCGCAACCGCCGCCGCACAUAGCGGACGCGAAGCAGCGGCUCAACGCGCGCACGCAGUAUAAAGCGCCGCCUGUAAGGACACGACGUUCAUCUCAAACUCGUGAAAAGUCAUCGAACAGUAGAUCAGCUUCUGUGGAAUCGAGUCGUGGUAUUUCACCGCCGCGGGAAUUUGGCGACUAUAAACACCCACGGUCUAGGGCAUCAGAAUCGGUAUCUAGCAACGAUUGUCACGAGGAGAACUCUCCUCAUGUACCAGUAAUAAGAAACUCACGCGCGUCACAAAAUAAAUCGUCCGGAGAUGCAAAUAUCAAAGCGAGACAAGCCAGGCUUGCAAGGGACUUGAGCAGUUCUAGGCUUGACGACGACUAUGACCCCUUUGCAUCAGCUGCCAGACAGAUGAAAGAGCUUAUGUCCUCAGAUACGAAUAUACCUAAAAAACAAAAUUCUAAAGAUUCCAACCGUACCCUUCCUACAUUAAAGCAAACUCCUACCACUAAAUCUUCCACUCUUCGCCCUGACAACACUAAAAUAAUGAAAGACUCUUUGAAUAAAACAUAUCAGAAAACACCCACAUUACAUAGAAUGAAAUCUUUUGGAAGUACAAAUAAUGAUAACACUCCAAACACCUUUGGUGGGAGAUGUAGUUCAUUCAGGUUGAAUAGGAAUGAUAAAAGACCAAAUCUCAACACGACCUUCACUAAAUCCAGCAAAGAAAAUAUUAGUUCAGUAGAUAAGCCAUAUUUUAAUCGUAAUAGUAGUUUAAAUAGAUCUUUCUCAAGCUACAAUAAUUCAGUUUAUAGUACACCGAAAUUAAAAGACAAAAUUCCUAAAUUAUCUACAUCAAUGCAUCAUGCUUUUCAACGAAAUACAACGAAACAGCCUCUCAAACUUGAUAAAAUUAAAAAAGACGAAGAAAAGAAAGACUUCGUUAAUUUGGAUGCAAUUUUUGCGUGCGAUAAUUAUUCUUCAAUGACUGACAGUAAUUACAUAGAUCCUAUGCUCAUUAAUGAAAAUGACAAUUUGCCCAUUAAUGUUAAUACUAUACUUAAUAACCCCGACAUAAUUAGUAGUCUAGAGUCACUGUUAACGACAGAAAAUUUACCUGCUAAUUUUGAAUCUUUUAGUACCAACAAUAACAAUUCUAAUGAUGCCAAAAAACCUGCUAAUUUAGAAUAUUAUAAUAAUGAAAAUAACAAUAAUUUCCAUUCAAAUAAUACAACGACACCAAUUAUUAACGAUUUGAGCUCUCAGUACCACAAAUUAAUGUCGUCUUUAGAACAUAGCAUAGCAUCUAGAACUUCAGGUCGAGAUGAUGAUUCUUUAUGUGAAGAUUUCGAUCUUGAAGAAUUUAUGACUUCUUUUGACGAGGAAGUUAAUAAACAAAAAUUAGAAAAUAAACGCACAUGUAGUUCCACAACCAGAGUCGUUAAGCAAUCUGAAUUAUCAAACGAUAUAGUAGAUUCUAAAGUCGAGACAAAAAAUACUUUGAAUUGCAGUAACAACGGACUAAUACCAGUUAAUAAAUCAAUGUCACUUGUUUUUAGCAGUAACAAUAUUGUGGGUGAGAAACUGUUCCCUUCCUCCGUCAAACGUUCCACUUCCCUCCUCGAUUCCAUCCAAAAGAAACCUUCGAGCAAAAUAGAUACUCCCAAUAAGAGUCGGCAGAAGACUGACCAGUUGGAGGACGACAUAAUGCAAUCGCUCAAAGAAUUUGACAAAUUUUAUGAAUCACAAAAACAUGAAAAGAGUCAAUCUCAUAAAGAUAUCACAAAAAUGUAUAUAGAUACAGUGAAAAGAGACUCUCGGAAGAAAUGCGAACAGAAGAUUAGUAAGAGCGAUGCUGUAAUGAACGGUAACCAUACACCGAGUGGGAAAAUGAGCAAUGAUUCAGCAUAUAGCAGUUUAAAUCGUGUUUCACCAUCGAAACUCUCGUUAUGCAAUGUAAAAGAAUCAAAUGACUUGGUCUUGCUGGAACAAAUCCCAGCUGGAUCGGAUUCCAGUGAUAGCCAUAAAGAAGACAGACGCUCCAUAUCCAGUGAGGAAUUCUUAGCUAUGGAGAGAUCGACUGAAUUACAGGAGCCUUUAACAAGAUCUGAAAUACACUCAUCUUAUAAUAGCGUGGGAAAUCCGAAUAUAAAUGAUAAACACACGAGUUCUCGUACGUCGACGCACCGGAGCGCUCCGCGGCGGCAGAACUCAAAAGAGGCUCUCAGCUCGAGUGGCUCGGAGACUUCUCUACACAGAAGUCGGCGGGAAUCCGCGCCAACUUCUGCCCCGCGACUAUCCCGCUUCUGCCACGAGUGUGGGAGCAAGUUCCCAGUCGACACUGCCAAAUUUUGUAUCGAGUGUGGUGUGAAAAGACUCUUAGUGUGAAGUGCUUGUGAACGUGUGGCCGAUAUAUUAUCUAGUCCUAAUUUUCGAAGCGAACUUCUAUGCUUGAAGUUCACGUACAAACUGUCGGAAUUGCAAUUUCGUUUAUUUGUAACCAAUGUCAAUUACUGUUAUUUUUGCAAUGAGUCUCAAAUUAUAAUGAUUUCAUUAAUUUUAUUUAUCCUAUGUACCGUUCGUCAUAAAUGAUUUUUCGUAUUGACAUUCUAUCUUAUUGUUAUGCAAUAGAAUUGUUUAUUUAUUAAUUACCUAUUUAUUGCUAAUGUUUGGUUAGCGUUAUGACUAAAACAUGUUUUCAAACUAACAUUGUUAUGAUUUUUACAAAGGUAAAAAGAUAAAUAACAGUGGCUUAUUAUCAUGUUACUUUACACCAUCUUAUAGAUUGGUAGUAAUGUAUUAAUAUUAUAUUAUAUGAGUGUGAAUGUGUUUUAUAACAUUAAUAAAAUGAUCAGUUUUAUAUUAAAUCCCCUUUUUUACAUACAAAUGUUUACUGAUUCGUUUUAUUAAUGUAGAACAAAGAUAUUGUUUUGGGACAGUGUUACCAAAUUCUUAAAUGAGAGUAAAAAAUGUGCCUUCCUACAUUUUAUCAAUUAUUCACAAAAUAAAUUUUAAAGCUAUUCCAAAUGAAAAUAUCACAUUGCCUUCAAUAAUAAAAUAUAUCUGUGAUAUGGGGAAAUAUGUAAAAUUACUACAAAAUAUGAAGUGUUUUUCUCAAGACGGAAUCUAAAAUUAAGUGCCAAUUUUAUUUGUUUUGAGGGAAGUUUUGCGUUUUUAUUUUUAAUUUGUUUUGCCCUUGUUAAUGGAUGUAUUUUAUAAUAUUUUAACUUCAUAGAUUCCCAUAGAGUUAGCAUUUUUAACAAGACUGAUUUUAUUUCAAAGGUUUUGUAAACAAAUGACCAUAACUAAAUGUAAAUUGUUUUAAUUAACAAACUAUCAUGUAAUAAAUUAACAUUAAUUAAA